UGGUCGGGGUCACCCAUGGAGAAUUCCUUAGAUACGACCGGGACCUAGCUGCACUGCGCCAGCCCCCGCAUUUCCCUUCCCCACAAUCCUCCCCUCCACCAACACGCCCUCCCUCCAGCCUUGAAUUGCAAAUCAAAACGCAGAUAUUUGAGCUCGCACCGUCAUCACCAUCAUCUCCUCGCCCCCAUUGGAAGCCGCCGCCGCCUCCGAAAUUCCUAUAAAAAAUAUAUAUGGGUGGAGCCAUCACCCACGCCGCCAAGAUCCUGUCCUCUUCCGCGGCCAGCUUGUAGCUCCACGCCGGAUAGAUAGAAGAGGCUAAUCUUUUUCUCAUCUUUUCCUCCCCGCUUGCUCCCCCUUCUUUUCUUUUUGCACAUCUUCCCCCAUGUGACACCUGAGAAAGUGAGAGCACAGAUUUCUUCCUCCUCUUGCUCCUGCUCCUGCUGCUGCUGCUGCCGUUUCUCGUUCCUGUUCCUCUUUGCUUGUGGGUUUGUCGCAGAUAAACCUCGCAUAAAGCUUCGUUCGUUCCUCGGUUCUUGAUCUCAAUCGGCCGGGCUCCUCUGUUUCCCCGCUCCAAGAUCUUCCCCGGCCCUGUUCUUCUGUCUGCAGCCAGCCCGCGGAAAUCCUUGGAGGAGUUGCAGAAAUUUGUAGCGAGAGAGGCUUCCGUUUCCUGCGGCGGCGGCCUCGGUGCGGUUCUUGAUCCGGGGGAGCGAGCUCACCUGGGUCGCGCCAAUGCAGCCGGACCCGAGCGGCGACGCCGGCAAUGCGAAGGCGAAGCUGCCGCUGCCGCUGCCGCAGCCGGUGACGGCUCCGGCGCCGUCGUCGGGGCGGCCGGCGUCCGUGCUGCCGUACAAGACGGCCAACGUGCGGGACCACUACCGCAUCGGCAAGAAGCUCGGGCAGGGGCAGUUCGGCACCACGUACCAGUGCGUGGGCAAGGCCGACGGCGCCGAGUACGCGUGCAAGUCCAUCCCCAAGCGCAAGCUGCUGUGCCGGGAGGACUACGAGGACGUGUACCGCGAGAUCCAGAUCAUGCACCACCUCUCCGAGCACCCAAACGUCGUCCGCAUCCGCGGCGCCUACGAGGACGCGCUCUUCGUGCACAUCGUCAUGGAGCUCUGCGCAGGCGGCGAGCUCUUCGACCGCAUCGUCGCCAAGGGCCACUACAGCGAGCGCGCGGCCGCGAAGCUCAUCAAGACCAUUGUUGGGGUCGUGGAGGGAUGCCACUCGCUCGGCGUCAUGCACCGGGACCUCAAGCCGGAGAACUUUCUCUUUGCCAGCACCGCCGAGGAAGCCCCACUCAAGGCCACUGACUUUGGGCUCUCCAUGUUCUACAAGCCUGGUGAUAAAUUCUCUGAUGUCGUUGGAAGCCCUUACUAUGUCGCACCAGAGGUACUUCAGAAAUGCUAUGGUCCAGAAGCUGAUGUGUGGAGCGCAGGGGUAAUUCUGUACAUUUUGCUUUGUGGUGUCCCCCCAUUUUGGGCAGAAACUGAGGCUGGAAUCUUCAGGCAGAUUCUGCGAGGCAAACUUGAUUUUGAAUCUGAACCCUGGCCUAGUAUUUCUGAUAGUGCUAAGGAUUUGGUCCGCAAUAUGCUUACUCGGGAUCCUAAAAAGAGAUUUAGUGCUCAUGAGGUUCUCUGCCACCCAUGGAUUGUUGACGAUGCUGUGGCACCUGAUAAGCCUAUUGAUUCUGCUGUUCUGUCAAGGCUGAAGCAUUUUUCGGCAAUGAACAAGCUCAAGAAGAUGGCGUUAAGGGUUAUUGCAGAAAGCCUGUCUGAGGAAGAGAUUGGAGGCCUCAAGGAGUUGUUCAAGAUGAUUGAUACUGACAAUAGUGGGACUAUAACAUUUGAUGAGCUCAAAGAUGGCUUGAAAAGGGUAGGCUCUGAAUUAACGGAGAACGAAAUCCAGGCUCUAAUGGAAGCAGCUGAUAUUGAUAACAGCGGAACCAUCGACUACGGUGAAUUCAUUGCAGCUACGUUGCACAUGAAUAAGCUGGAGAGGGAGGAAAACUUGGUUUCAGCAUUCUCAUUUUUUGACAAAGAUGGAAGUGGCUUUAUAACCAUUGAUGAGCUGUCACAAGCAUGUCGUGAAUUUGGUCUUGAUGACGUCCACCUCGAGGAUAUGAUUAAAGAUAUUGACCAGAACAAUGAUGGUCAAAUUGACUACAGCGAGUUCACGGCAAUGAUGAGGAAGGGCAAUGCUGGUGCAACAGGAAGGAGAACCAUGAGGAACAGCUUGCACUUGAAUCUCGGCGAACUCUUAAACCCCAGCAAAACCUAGCUCAUAUUGGAAGGCCUUGUCGGGGUACAUUCUCUUGGCAUCUGAAGUUUUUGGAUGCGUUGUCGAUCUGCGAUCUGCUGGCCUAUUGAGAUGUUGAGUGGUUGUCCUGUGGUAGUACUAAGAUGCUGGAGAAUUUUCGUAGUACUGGUGGUAUCAGCUAGAGAAGAGGGAUGGUACAAUGUGGUUACUAUGAUCAACUGGUUAUAUAUGUAUGAGUAUCGAUGUAGAUUGAACAUGGUCUAAACAUUACUUCCCUAGAAGUAUAACUUCUCUGCUGUCAAGUGUCAGUUUAGUUGAUAUUAAA